AUGUGUUCAAACGGAGGACGUUUGGAAUUCAUAUCGGAUGUAUCACCACCAGUUGGAUUAUUUCACCACAAUGUUUUACGCUGCUCAAAAUGUUUUAAAGAAACACUUAUGACAAAUUUUCCAGCAAUACUACCAGUUGAAUCGGAGCAGCAAGAACCGAACAAACGGCUAUGCAUAGCUACUGCUACUAAUGGAAUUGGUUAUGUUGCAACAAAAGGGAUCUUAUCAUCAUUGGGCCUAUCGAUAACGACGGAGAAAACAUUCUUACAACAAUUGCAUAAGAGUUAUGAUGAUUUUCAUGAUUUUGCAAAAAAGAAAUUCCAGUUAAUUACUGAGGAUAUAAAAUACAGAAAUAACAAACAAAAUGAGAUAACGGAUAUUACUAUUUCAUUAGAUGGAACAUGGAAAAAGCGUGGUCACACUUCGAAUUAUGGGGUUGUAUUUAUAACUGAUGUACAAUCUGGAUGUUGCAUCGACUAUGAAGUAUUAUCUUUGAAGUGCGAAGUGUGUAGUUUAAAAAAAUUAAAAUUGAAGAAAAAUCAAUUUAAUAAAUGGUAUGUAAAUCAUAAAACGAACUGUCACAAGAACUAUAAUGGAUCAUCAAAGUCAAUGGAAAAAGAAGGUGUCAUUAGAUUAUUUCAACGAUCAUUAAGUAAUGAUCUUCGUUAUAAACAAAUGGUAUGUGAUGGAGAUGCUUCUGCAUAUGAAGCAGUAAAAUAUUUUUAUAUCAAACAACAACAACACUUAAGAGAGAUAGAUAUGGAAAUGGAAGAAGGUGCAAAUGAUAUUAGUGAUGCUGAAAAUGAAGUUUCAAGUGAUAUGGAUAGUGAUGCUGAAGAUGAAGAACCAAGUGAUAUCGAUGUUGACGACGAAGAAGAUGAAGACACAGGUGAUAUUGAUGUUAGUGAUGAAGGAAGCGAAGAGAAAGAUGAUGAUGAUAUGGAAACUGAACGCAAAUCAAUAGCACUAAAGGAUGAUUUAGAAAGUUGA